ACUGCUCUCCUCCAGUGCCUCCCUGUGCAUUGUUCUUUUAGCACUUCUCUGACUGAGACGCAGAAUGGGCCAGCAGCAAUUUGUCAGUUGUUCCAACAAAAAAAGAGGCUUUUCUUCGGCCUCCUCCAUUGGAGGCAGUGGGGCAAUCAGAGUCAGCAAGGCACCCAUGGGUCAACCAGUGAUGGCCACCUGCAUGCAUGGAGGAGGCAACACCAGCCAAAGUUUCCAUAACUUUGGUCAAAUGAAUCGGAUUUCCUGUUGCGCAGACCACCACAGAAGGAACUAUGUAGAUACUGACUUGAGCAUGGGAUGUGUGGUGGGUCACAGUGCCCUUGCAAACGCCUUUGGCUUUGGAAGUCAUGUUGCCAGGGGUAGGAGUGACGGAAUCCGUGAGAUUUACACUAACAAGCACCUUUUAGAACCUCUCUAUCUGGGCGUUGACCCGCACGACCAUCAAGUAAAAGCACACGAGAAGGACCAAUUGAAGGACCUCAACAAUCAGUUUGCAGGCUUCAUUGACAAGGUCAGAUUUUUGGAGCAAAGGAACCAGAUGCUGGUCACCAAGUGGGAGCUGCUGCAAAGCCAGACAGUCCCAACGGUUCGGAAAGAUCUCAAGCCUCUCUGCGAAAACUUCAUCACCAACCUGAGGAAAAAACUCGACUGUCUGUUGUGUGAGAAGAACAAACUGGAAAACCAACACAAAACCAUGCAGGACCUGAUAGAAGAGAACCGGCACAAAUAUGAAAAUGAAGUCAACAGACGGGCCCAUGCAGAGAAUGACUUUGUCUUACUCAAGAAGGAAGUGGAUGAUGCAUUUAAACAACAGAAGGAACUGGAACUGAAGAAGGAAUUGCAGAUAGAAAAUAUAAACUUCUUGAAAAACUUCUUUGCACAGGAGCUUGCUGUGCUGGAUUGUCGACUCUGUGAUACAUCCGUGGUGGUCAACAUGAACAACAACAGAUUCUUGGACAUGGAUGCUCUCAUCCAGAAUGUUGAAAGCUGGUAUCAGGCUGUCGCGCAAAGAAGCAAGGAAGAAGCUAAUCUCUUUUACUGGAACCAGAUUGAGGAUCUCCAAAAGAAACGAUGCGAGUUCCAUGAUAACCUGAAGAAAAGCCUCAAUGAGAUUACAGAGCUGAACCGGGUGAUCCAGAUAAUGCGGUGCCAGGUAGAAAGUGAGAAAAAGAAGGUUGCUUUCCUGCAGUCAGCCCUUCGCGACACCGAAGAACAUGGAGACUCUGCUCUUAAAGACGCCCAGGCUAAGCAGAAGGACCUUCAGAAAAACCUGCAGGGUUCCAAGGAUAAACUGGCUUCCCUCUUGCGGGACUACCAUGACCUCAUGAAUACCAAACUGGCCCUUGAUAUUGAGAUCGCUACAUACAAGACAAUGCUGGAAGGGGAAGAGAACAGGAUAUAUACAGGAGCACCUGUGAGUUUAGCUGUGAUGAACACUACUACUUGUGCCAUCCACAACAAAGUCCACAAUGUCAAUAAAAUAGUGUGAACAGUGGAAAUGAACAUUGGAUGCGCAUAUGGAAUAUGGGUUUCUUUUGCAGGAUUGGCUGAUGAAACUCCAAAUGAGAAGCUCCAUAUAACCAGCAAAAAACGCUAGUCUAUUUGGUCUUGUAGGGUAAGGGCAUUUGUGCAAUUUAGUGCAGAAAUGAAUUGGGAUUUUGUUCUAUAUUAAUCACAUGAAACAACUGUUAUAUUUGAAUGUCGUAAUAAGCCUCUGGGCUUG